AUUGACAUAUUUGACAGUAAGAGAGUGUUUUCUUUUACUUAGUUUUGACAGCUUUAAGUUCACUUAAAUAUUGCAUGAAUAAAAACAAGAUUUUUAUCAAAAAAUAAAAGAAAUAUAAGUGUAGUAGGUUGAAACCAUGCUUUCCAGAAAUAUUUUUAGGUUAAGAAUAAAACGAGAUUUAAAAUAUUUUGUACGUUGUUUAUCUGAAAAACCUCCUCCGGAUCAAGAUGCUAAGACACCAGAAGUUAAAACUAGAGAGAGCAAAGAAAAAAAAGCGUCUAACUCAAGUACUGAGAAAAUUCAGGCUCUGUUGAAGAUGAUGAUGACAGAACCAAAAAUAUCCGAUAGCGAAUACAGAGAGAAGUUCACUACAGCACCGGAAAGGCAAAAGAAACCCAAGCCUGAUGUGUUAGAAGUAAAAAUGGAAAAAAUAGAGGAAAAUAUCACAAAAGCAGCAAGCGAUGUUGCCCAAGCUAUUGGAGGUGAUGUCAAACAGACAGAAGCUGAACUACUUUCCAAAGUGCUUGGCAAAAUAAAUCAAACAUCUACGUCUCUCAGUGAUUUAAUUGUUGGAAUGAAAGUAGACAGAUCCAAGGAGAGAGACGAAUCAGUACCGAUGGAGACAAGAGGUCAACAGGUCAAACGUAUCAUUGAAAAGAGAAAAUCAGAAAUACAAAGUACUAGGUACUCUCAAAGGAAACAGACAUCAUUUCAAAAUGCUAGAAGUGUUUCAAAAGCUAUGUCAAUUGACGUGUUCGGUGGUGAACCUCUUGGCAUAUUUACAACUAAACAGGAGAAUUAUGGAACUAAGUUAGAUGUCUGGGAUCAGCUGAGUGAGAGGGAACUUGUACUAGCUACUUCUCAACCACCCGCUAAUUACUUUCAGAAAAUGAUACAGUGGACAGAACAGGGGAAAGUUUGGAAGUUCCCAAUUAAUAAUGAACAAGGUAUUGAGGAAGAACAAAAUGUGCACUUUUCAGAACACAUUUUCCUUGAUGCACACUUGGAAGGUUGGUGCCCAACAAAGGGUCCAAUCCGUCACUUUAUGGAACUUGUAUGUGUUGGUCUAUCAAAGAACGCUUUCUACACAGUAAAAGAAAAACAAGAUCAUAUCAUGUGGUACAAAGAAUACUUUGAAUCAAAGAAAGAUAUCCUCACAGAUAUAGGUGUAUGGGAAACACAACCAGCCAGUGAAUCUUCUACAUAAAUAUUUAUUUUAUUAGAUUAUAGAUUAGAAAUAAAAUAACAUGAAACAAUAA